GCAAUGAGUAUCUUUGAAGUGUUCGGUGUCGGCUUCUUCAUCUUGGUCGUUCUUCCAUCGGCAACAUCGUCUCAGAUCGCUAACGUCAUGGCCAUGAAUGCCGUGCACCUGUUCCCCCUACUGGUGCAGUUCGGCCAACAGCUCACAAAUCGCUGCUGCCCAAGUAAACAUGAAAUAAUUCACAAAAGAAAUGGAUGGUUAAUAGUAGCCUUUGCAGUGGGGUUGGUCGCGUGUACCGUUGGUCUGAUAGGGUAUUCUCUUCAUUCGUCGGCCACAUUUCUCGUCACCCUACUGCCCUUGACAUUGGCGUGGACUCCCGAUAUCAAGCUUUUCAAGAAGAUGACUUUAAAGAAAUCACAGAGAUCUCAAGCUGGAAGGGACGAAGUGCAACCUUUUGAAGAAAUAGCGUGUGACGAUAACGACUUUAAGACUAGCGCGCGAUGGAAGAUGGGAAUAAUCUCCAACCUUGUGAAAUUCCUCUUGACAUUCCCAAUAAUCUACGCCAUUGUAUAUUUUGACGGAACAGUUGAAGAUCCUAGCCUUAUGUGGCAGUGGGCAGCACAACCGUUGUGGCGGAUCGACAGAAACUGGAGCUAUUUCCUCGCGUUCCUGACCAACAUCUGCUGUGCGACUGGCGUGCUGUUGCUCGUAGUGGUCGCCCUCAAGAGCAAGCUACAACUCGCCUUUAUACUAUCCAUUGUGGUCUCGUCUCUCUGUUUUGUACUUGCGGUGCACGUCCCUCCUUUCUGCGAGUUCCUAUCGCUGACCAUUCCGGGUUUAAACCUGUGUGAGACUGCCGGAGAUGCCCAGGUGGGGACAUGGGUCGCUAUGAUAGCGAUGCUGCUGACAGAGUUGGUGAUGGUAGUGACCAUCAGCUUGAGUCCCGUAGAAGUCAUGGAACCAGAGGCAAAGCUGUUUUGGGUUCCUGGCUACAACGCCGUGUUCCUGAACCAACAUCUGUUGCUGAACAAGAAGACAGAGUUUAACAGCCCCGAAGAUCACAGGGACAAAGACACGACAGUCAAGAAUACACACGUCUAUAUUUGCACCACAAUGUACCGUGAGUCUAAAGAGGAAAUGACACAGCUGAUGAAAUCAAUCCGGAACAUGGCGACGAGCCCCUGCAAGGAGGACCGCCGGAAGUACGAGUCCCACAUCCUGUUUGAUGACGGCUGCAGACAACUUGAACUCCAACCUUUCGCUAUCCAGCUCCUGUCAAUCAUUCACGAGAUGACUGAAGUGACAGGAGCCGAUGGCCGCCCUCACAGUCUCCUUGAUGACUGCAUCAAGUGGCAGACUCCGUACGGGCUGCAGCUGCAGUUCGACUGGAGAGCUGAUGGAGACAGCAACAGGGGCAUGAAGUUCUACAUCCAUCUCAAGGAUAACCUUCUGGUGAAAAACAAGAAACGUUGGAGUCAGAUCAUGUACAUGACCUACAUCCUGAAUUACAUGGCCUACUACAAACCACUCGGUAUGGAAAGUGGUGCUAUCGCGGAUGGAAAGAUUAUAGACUCAUCGCAAUCCACGUGUCACGAAAACAACUGUCUCCGCCUGCAUGCAAAACAGCCUUGGGAGGGCACCACUGAUACUGAACAGACGUUAAACAUAACGUUGAAUAAAGAGUCUCGGGUGACUGGCAUCAUAUUGCAAGCUGGAGCCAUGGGCGAACGCGUGAAGAAGAUCAAGGUUGGGAAUGAGCUAAUAGACGUCGAGACUUUUUGGACAACCCAGGCCUCUUCUGAUACAUCCCUGGCGUGGUCUGACACCAACAACACGCGGCCUAAAACACCAAUUGGACACGCAGACCACCCAGACACAGUCUAUGGCAACAUCACAGUCACCUGCCUCUUGAAAACAAAAGUUCUGACCGACAAAUUGACCAUCACACUGCUGGACUGGACAGGGAAGAACGAUACUCCACGACAGCCACCUUGUCUGAGGAUGGAGAUACUUGGACACGCCGACGCGUCCAACAAACCCCUCGGCAUGAAAAGUGGUGCGAUCAAAGACAAGCAGAUCAAGGUAACACCGAAAUGCAGUCAUGAGAACUCCCUCCGACUUGAUGCAGAAAAACCAUGGAAUGGCAACACUGCCGCUGAACAGAAAAUAUCCAUAGACUUAAAGGAAAAGUCAUCAGUGACAGGCAUCAUACUACAAGCUGGGGACAUGGGGAGACGUGUGACCAAGAUCAAGGUUGCUAAUCAGGAGAGGGUCGUCCAGUGGCCUGACGAACCCCACCAGCACAGUAAAACAACGUUGACCCUAGAACCCCAUAUCCGAACGGACAGACUGACCAUCACACUGCUUGAUUGGGAAAGAAAGUACGAUAUCUCACCAAAAGCACCGUCUUUGAGAAUGGAAAUACUUGGGCAAGGUGAUGACCUUGACCGUGACACGUACAUCCUUGCAACCGAUGCGGACGUCAAGUUCACUCCAAAGUCAGCCAAUAAGCUGCUUGACCUGGCCCAGUGGAACCCGGAUGUGGGAGCUGUAUGCGGAAGGACACACUGCCUGGGCUCUGGGCCUAUGUACUGGUUACAACUGUUCGACUAUGCAGUAGGACACUGGUUUCAAAAGGCCGCCAACAGUACACUUGGAACCGUCCUGUGCUGCCCGGGCUGCUUCAGUGUGUACCGCUGCAGUGCCAUCAGAAAGUGUGUCUCUACCUACGCGACCAAGGCAGGGAAGGCCAGGGAGUUUCUUAUGAAGGACAUGGGAGAAGAUCGCUGGCUCUGCACCCUCAUGGUUGAGCGCGGCUGCCGGUUGGUGUAUACCUCCAUUGCCGAGAACAGCACUUUCGUGCCUGAAUCUUUCAAAGAGUUCUUCAACCAGCGCAGGCGGUGGGGGCCGUCUACCGUGGCCAACCAGCUCGAGCUGCUUCGGAAGUGGUGUAAGGUUGCCAGCAACCCUUCUGUAUCCCACCUGUUCUUACUGUACCAGGCGCUUCUCUUCUGUUCUUUCGUGAUUGGACCAGCUACUGCAAUUCUCAUUGCAGCCGGAGGAUUGGACUUCUACGUGUCCGGUAGUUUCCCUCUAGAGGCGACCAUAGCCAUCAUGUCAAUCUUCACUUUCAUGUUUGGUUACGUCUGUCUGAAGUGCGAGCAGGAGACUCAGCUGAAGUGGGCCAUGGCCUUGGGCGCCGCGUUUGGGAUCGUCAUGAUCAUGACUGCUGUAGCGUUGGUGGAGAAGAUUGUGGUGACCAUAAGGACUCUCACUGCAGCUGGCAACAGCGCUGUCUCCUCUGGAGGGGUCGGCGUGAAUGAGAUUUUGAGUGCGAUGGACACAUUUUACUUCAUUGCGACGAUCGGGAUGUUCCUGGUGACAGGACUGCUCCACUUUCGUGAACUUCCAUGUCUGCUUCACGGAAUUCUCUACUUCAUCGCCCUCCCCACAACUUUCAUCUUUCUAAACAUCUACGGCGUGUGUAACAUCACCGACAAGUCUUGGGGGACUCGAGAGGGAGCAACUACUGGUGGAAGCAAGGCGAAAGACAAGAGCAUAUUUUAUAAAAUUGGCGAAGCGAUCAGAGAUAUUGUCAGGGGCGCAACCGUGUCUCCGACAGAGGGAAGUACUGCCCAGGCUGCCGCUGCUGACCAAAGUGGUGCCGGGGCAACAAAUGGUGAAAACAGCCGCGAUGGCAAAGCGGGAGGGAGCAACUCUGGUAAUACAGCAGGUGAUCAUGAAGCUCUCCCACAGAAUAUGCCUGCGAUACAGGAAAGGACUGCUGACCAAAGUGGUGCCGAUGCAACAAAUGACAGUGGUGAAAACAGACGCCAUGGCCAAGUGGGAGGGAGUGACCCUAGUAAUACAGGCAAUCCUCGAGUCGGAGCGAGGCCUUCAUUGAUGGUGGACCCGGGGGAAAAUCUAGAGGUGCGGCUUUGGCUGAACAAAGUGUUCCACGGGAACACUCAUCUGACGGGGAGUUAUCAAUGGAAUUUCAUCAAGAAUGGAUACGAUGAUACCAGCUACAUUGUUGGAAUGACUUUCAAGGAACUGGGAGACAUAGAAAUUGGAGAUGAUCUACACAGGGACCAAAUCCUGGAACAUAUCAAGAGGUUGCCACCAAACACCUUCCGCAGUCGCAUACCUGACGACACAGAGGACUGGCUCACCAGGAUAAGGCUUAUUCACUGUGAAGACGACUACCUGACAGCAUUUCUGAAUGCAGGCUAUAAAGAAAAAGAAGAUCUGGCUCGACUUAAAUCUUGUAACUUAGAUCAGCUUUUCGAGAACAUAGGAAUACGCAAGAAAGGUCACAUUAAGCGCCUGAAGGAAUCCAUCGCCUACAUGAGAGAACCUAGUGACGAGGAAAAACUACAGGAGAAGAUAGAGAAACUGAUGAAGGAGAAACCAGCACAAGACAUGUCGGAAGCUGAGCCACUUUUGAAGAAACAACACCGCAUGUGGGAACGGCUGGCAAAUGGCUGCCUUAGACCAGACCAGGACACUGACAACUUCAACAGCAACAAUAUUAAUGCCGACACGCUGAAAGUAGAGCUGGGAGAACUUCGGGACUCCGCCAUCAAGGUUCUGGCUGCCGUCAACGUCCUGUGGCUGGUCGUCAUCGUCGCCUUAGCCAGAUCUGAGGUGCUCCACAUCUCCGGACACAACCCACUGGGGAUCCUCUCCCUGUUCGUGUUUGGCGUGAUCCAAGUCAUCCAGUUCCUGGCCAUGCUGUACCACAGGACGAUGUCUUUCCUGCAUUGGGUGGCCAGGGCAGACAUCGAGGCAGAAAACAGAGAAACAGAAUAGCAAUGAACUAGUAUUACUAGUUCAUAGUAACUAUAUAGUCAGUCACCAUAUGGGAAAUGAGUCCACAUUAUAAAUGAAGACUGAAAUUAUUACUCGUCACCGUACUCGAAAAAAAGACAUGACAAUGAUAUUUUUAUUGUUUAUUCACAACACAAUGACCUUGUUUAGUCACCACACAACCACGCUAGUUAUACUUGGGAAGAACUUCGGAUUUCAAUAAUCUUGAAAGUAUCAGAAUUACAUGUACACUUUAAGUAUGGCAAGAAUCAUUAAUGAACUAUUCACUGGGUAUAAUGGACAUUGAGAGGGUUCAACAUCAUCAAUUAGCAACGACUUUUAGCUGUGCAUAUAUGUGUGUGUGCUUGUGUCACGUUGUGUAUGUGUUUAUGUGUGUGUAUCUGUGUGUGUGUGUGCAUGUGUGUGUGUA